AUGGCACUGGUCAAUGGUCAUUACGAAUUCAGUUUGGGAGGACAUGAUAUACUUAUAAUCAACACAAUUGCGAACCAUUUAAAUGCCACAGCCAAUUACAAAUUGAUGAUGAGAGUUUAUCAUGAGGGUCAUUUGAAUCAAACAAUGGAAACUGAGAAACACGAAAACAAUCCCGAACAGAAAUACUUCAACGUUGGCCAAAUAAUUCGAUAUGACUGGGAAAUGGUAAACGAUAAAGAUGCUGCCUGGUACAUUUACACUCAUCCUGGUUUUGAAAUUAAUUCUGAAAAAGUCAACUUUGACAUACAUUUGCCAUUGUUAAAGCGGAAAAUGUACACAUUUCUCUAUCCGCACGACACCGACAAUUUUAUCUUGAUUGUACCAAGAAGAGUCAAAUCGAAAACGGACUACAGCAACAUAUUGGAAUCUCCGUUGAUCUUCGUUUGGGGCCCUGUAAACGUAGUCGCAACUAUUGCGCGUUUAAUUUUUAAUAAAGUUGGCCAAACCGAGAAGAAGUUAACGGACAUCUACAUUCAAACGUUCGGUUUGUCCCUGGGAAUGUCCUUUAGUGGAACCGUACUAACUGCUGCUGAAAAAAUGUUUCUUUGGUGGUUCUGUCUAGGGACAAUGUUGUCUGGAAUGUUAUUAUCAUCGGAGAUGUUACAAGGAUUCGCUCUGCAGAGAGACGUUCCCCUCAUUAAUAACUUAAAAGAAUUGGAACUAUCAGGAAUGGAAAUUCAUCUGCCCAACUAUAUUGACUCGGUCACCUAUUUCUUUGCUGACAUUCCAUUGAAUCUGAAGUUGGUAAAUACUGUCGAAUUUGUCGUCACCGAAAUGAUUGCCAGUCAGAACUUUAGCAACGCUUACGUCAUCCGAGAAGGGAAAUUUGACAUAUUAUUCAAGGACACCGAUGAUUGGCAUGUCCUUGAACGAUUCGGCGUCGAGUAUUUGUCUUAUAAGCUUCUGUUCGGAUGGGGUAUGGAGCAUCGGAUGAAUGAACUGGUUCAGCGAUGCGUAGACCAUGGCAUAACGAAAUAUUUAAUUGCGGAAAAUAAACGGAUUUUGGGUGGAAGCAGAGUCGAAAAUUUGGAAAAAAGGGGCGGGAUACCUGUACCGACUAAUGUGAAACCAGUAUCGUUCAGUGACGUACGGGAUACAUUUGAAAUGUACGCUAUCGGAAUGACGUUAAGUUCAAUUGGAUUUAUUGUCGAGAAAAUAGUGUUUUGGAAACAUUUACAACAGUAA